CAUUGUCCUGGUGAAAAAUUGUUGCUUACAAGUGAAAUUAUGGAGUGUUGGUACAAAGAUUGUACACACAAUUCAAUAAAUAAUUCAUGCAGAUUUCGAGCGUUACCGUCAUACCAUUGCCAGGCAAAAAUCUGGAUGAGAUAUGCAGGUAUUACCGGUAAAAAGAGGUCGAAGACACCAGUAAUAUGUACAUGUCACUUUAAUGGAAAAAACGAAAAUCCAAUACCAUAUUUUGAAAGAAACCAAUGCCAGGACGACGAACUACAAGUUAGGAUAAAGACCGAAAUAGAGAAUGAAAGUGAAGUACGACUGAACGACCAUAACAAUGUGAAUAAACUUUUUAAAGAACGAGCCCCAGUACAGAACACAGGACGAGCAACAUUAAGGAAGCAGAUCAACAAAAAGAAUAAACUGGAAGAAGUAGUGAAACCACGGGGUUUUGAACGGGGAUUAACACUGGAGAAGAUCGUUGGUGUUACCAAUUGCAAGAACGAGUUGAUGUUUCUACUAAAAUGGAACGACUGCUUGGAAUACGACCUCGUUAAGGCAUCCGAAGUCAAUGAAAAAUGUCCCGACAUUGUCAUUGAAUAUUACGAGUCACGGUGUCCCAUCAACCAAAAAUGCGACAAUAACGUACGAUUCUCGAGUAGAUACGAAUCAGAGUUGAUCGAAAAUCCAGCACCGAUCCGUGACCAGACUACGGAAUCCGAGCCUAUCGAAUCGAAAGAUGUUGCACCGACUGAUGCCGCCGAUGCGGUUCUGGAAAGCAGCGAGAAUCUGUCAUACUUGGAGGAAUCGUCGUCGAAUAAAGCAGCGAUUGCCGACAAUGAUGUGGUCAAUGCUGCGUUUUCCAUUAAUGUGGACGACGCGAAUUCCGUACAAGUGUCCUAUUCGCUCCCGAUGAUUGAGAAUCUAUCGGGUGAAGAGUUGAUGGAAACGCAAAUGCCGAACGAACAAGGCUCGAGGGACACAUCGAACUGUCAUAUGCCAGAUUUACAGGAUGUCGAAAUGCAAUGAAAGGACUAGUCGCCAAUUUUCGUCGGCGAAACUAAUUUUACAUGAAAUGGGAGUGUGAUGGAAGUACAAAUAAAACGUGACGUGUGAACGUAAACAA